AUGAAAUGGUCACUUUAUCAAUUUGAUGCUAAGUCAGAAUUCUUGAAUGGUGAACUGGAAGAGGAGGUUUAUUUUGCUCAACUUCAAGGUUUUGAAAUUAGUGGACAAGAAGAAAAGGUAUACCAGUUGAGGAAGGCACUUUAUGGAUUUGAGAUGACAGAUUUGGGUUUGUUGCAUUACUUCCUUGGGCUUGAGGUGAAACAAGGGGAAGGUGAUGUAUUUUUUUCUCAAAAGAAAUAUGCAUUAGACCUUCUUAAAAGAUUUGGCCUGGUCAAUUGUAAAUUUGCAGCAACACCCAUGAAUAUGAAUGAAAAAUUGCAGCAGGAAGAUGGUACCGGGUUUAUGAGAAAUCCAUUGAAGCAUCAUUUUGGAGCUGCAAAAAGGAUUCUACACUAUAUUAUUGGAACACUAGAACAUGGUAUUUGGUACUCUUAUGUUUCAAAUUUCAGAUUGGUAAGAUAUACUGAUAGUGAUUGGAGAGGAUCGGUGGAUGAUAGGAAAAGCACAUCAGGCAACACUUUCAGUCUUGGAUCAGGUGCAAUAACAUGGAGUUCUAAGAAACAAGCAACGACAACAAUGUUGACUUUAGAGGCAGAGUAUAUCGCAGCAACUUCUUCAGCUUGCCAAUGCAUUUGGCUUAGGAGAAUUUUGUUCGAUCUUUAA